AAUUUUUUUUAUAUAACAGAAACACGUCAAUUUGGACUUCUGGACUGGUCACUCCGGAGAGAGCACUGAGUGGUAAAGGAUAUCAACAUCCUCAGACAACAACAAUGAGGUUUGAAGAUAUCUCGAUAUCAACUACUGUGAAUGACUCAAAUGCUAGCAAUGGUUACACUUUGUCACCUAUAUUUACCGUUGGUUCAAGUGCCGCAGAGGCUCAAAGCAGUUUUCAACAUUUUUCUAUUACCGAAGCUGACCUGUCUCUGAAAAUUGAUGAUACACCGAAAAGUUCCAUGAAGUUUUCUCAAAUGAAGAAGUCUUUUUCCACCAGUGCAGACAUGCAAGAUAAGGAAAAACUCUUUCCAUCUACGUCUCAUAGCAGUGCAGAACUGUCUUCACAACAACGAAAAUCAAGCAGGAGUUUUAUUAAGUGGACUAAAGUAUCAGAAAAAGAAAGUCCAUUGGAAGAUUCAUUUCAAUCCCAAUUGCCGGAUUCUAGCAACCAAUCAUCUGAUUCUGUUUUGACGCCUCGACUCGAUCCACCACCAAGAGUAAAACGUGCCACAUCCAGUAGAGCACUUCCAGAUUACCGACCUCGACCUGAUACUCAGUUGAGUGAUGGUGCAGCCAGCCCUUCACAUAGCUCUACUAGGACUAUAACAAGCCCAAAAUUAGUCGACACCAGUGAUUCCGAUUUAGAAGUACCGUCAAAGCUAGCGAAAUAUCAAGCUCAAGGAGUGAAGCUUUCAACAAAGCACUCAUAAUUAUGGAAGCGAUCCACUGUUAUCACGAUUUGAUCCUCUGCUUUCAAAGUCAAAAUCUUUUGAUCACCAAUCUCGACACCUGUUCCUAACCUAAGUAUCUUCGGAAUCAUUUACUACAGUGUUAUCUCCGGUACAAGAUGUUGGACAGCAGAAUCCGUUUUUGUAUAUAACCCUCAAACUCCAGAAAGUUUCGAAGUAUUGUAAACCAGUAAAUCCAGAAGAACUUUCAAGGUCUUACUCUGAUUUAGAACAGUCUUCUACGCUAUACGUUUCGGGGGAUUUUUAGUUCCCCAGAAGAAUAUGAAGCCAGAUUACGCUACGAACCUUUGCGCAAACAACAAGCAGCAGAGUGGCACCGGUCCGCAGAAAACACAGAAACUCGCUUAAUUCUAGUUUCCAUGCUGGUGACCAGAGUUCCAAUGCUUCUAAUAAAAACAAAUUCACAAUGAUGCUGGAGGACCGUUACCAGUAUAUCGCACAUAUAGUGAUUUGACAUCAUCUUUAACUCCAAUUAAAAAUAUCCCUAAACCCACUGACAAUACCAGUCUCAAGACUAUAGGAUUCAUAUAAUUCCAAUUCUAGUAAUAAUAAUAUUUUAACACAAAGGUGAUACGGAUUCAAAGAAAUGUCCGUGAAUAGUAAGUCAUUGCAGUUGAACUCUGACACGGGCCGUGGUGUAUUCAAGGAUCCACCUUCUGCUGAUGGGUAACGUAUCACUUUUAGAUGAUUUAUUUAUCCAUGAAAUUGAUGAAACCUCAAAUGAAAGUGCCAUUUCGCAACCAACAAAAUCGGGCACCGAUGGGGCUUUAUUACAAAAAGUAAAAUCCUCGGCUGUAGUUUUUAAUUCAAAUCCAUCCAUGGUACGUAAAGAUAUCAUCAACCCACUUGAAACAUUGCACGAAGAAUUUCUAAGGCCCAUAUUGCUGCUGAACCAAUUCAACUGGUAAUCAUGCUAUUGCAGGAUUGGUUAACGAUAUCAACCAGAUAUCUGUUAGUUCGACCAACUCAGAUUCUGGUGUUUCAGGGUGUGGAGGUAUCAUGAAGACUGAACAGGAGUCUAGGGAUUCGUCAGAUCUUGGUGAUCAUUGAUAUUGUAAUUCAAUAACCAUUACCAUUGUUUAAAUUGACUUUUUUAGUGUUCUACAUUUAUGAUCAAUGCCAUUAAUCUUUGACGUUUCAUUGAACAAAUCAUUGUUUGCUAUUCUGUGAUUAUUCAAGUAAUUUUCACUUAAUUAACUAUUGCUGGUUCUGUAAUUGUUUUAAUUUUUUAUACUUCUGAAAACCAUGUAAUAUUGUGAAUAAUUUUUGUAAGGAAUCCGCUGUUUUUUAUUUUGUUUUUAUUAUUGCACUAUUACUUAAUCGCCAAUCUAAGUUUCCAAAACGGAUGUUUUUAAUUUUUUCAUUUGUUUUAUAUUCAUCGUCUUAUGGUGCUUUAAUUAUUUGAGCAUUGUGUAAGCUGGUGUGCCCGUAUAGGUUCCUAGAACUGAUGCGAUUUUAUAUUCAUAUAACAAAAAAAUCUUUGUUGUAUAUUUGAUUAUUUGCCAAGAUAUAAGUCUGAUUUUGGGAUUUUAAUUGCUGGUACAUUCAAUUUAUGAACACAACGAAUUUCAAAGUUGGGUAACAUUUUGUCAGAUAUUCAACUGCCUUAAAUCAUCAACAAAUUCACUACUUUAUGUUUUUUUUUUAACGGAAUUAUGAAAAUAUGAAACGACAGCAAAAAUCAAUAGCUUGUUGGUACUUGCAAAACAUACUACACUCCCAGUUCUAAUUUUGGUUCUGUUUAUCAAAAUUUCAUUAUAUUGUGUGGGUGAUGAAGAUUGGCCUCAUUUUUGGUUUCUAAAAUAUUGCUAUAUUAAUAGCGAACAACUGGGACAAGUCUUAUUAUUAUAUAGUCCCACAUCUCAAGAAUAUCAAGUAGGGGUCUAUAAAUAAAUCCGUUGGUUGUAUCUGGCCUUACUAAUCUAACUAGACAAGAUAAAGUUGCUUUGUGAAUGAAUAAUUAUUAUUAUAACUAGUAUAUCUUCGACAUGAACAGUCAACGUUUUAUGAUGAAGUGUUAAAUUUUCACUGAUUCGUUUCAACAGUGUCCUUAUGUAAUUACUGUAUAUCGUGCUAUUUCGUCAUUUGAGAUUAUGACUCUUGAUAGGUCUUGAUAAGAUGCCAUUUUGUAAUGAAAUCAUAAAAAUCAUGCCCAGACAAUUCAGGAUUAUAUUGAGAUCUUUCAAUAAAAAAUACAAUUUUUUCUUCAUUAUUUUCAAACAUUGAAAUAGUUUAUUUAAUCAAAUAUAAAGAUAGCUGGUGCUUUGUAGAACAGGCCUGAUCAUUUCACAUCUACAGUUGAGAUGUAAAACUCGCAGCAAAUGUUUUUAAGAUCAUAUUUUUGUUGCAUGAUUCAUAUUUAUAUCUAUCUAUUAGUGAAUAAAUUGUUUUCGUGACUCUCUAUUUGCUGGUAGUAGUUUUAAGAAAGUUGGCUCUAUUUUACACUAUGUGUGUAUUUUUACAUUCUUUCAUAUCCAUUCGUACUAGCGUUCACAUAGUCCAACUAUGAUAAUUGGAUCAAGUUAGCAAGAUUGAAUAUUGUUGCAUUUGCCUUUGAAGAUGAAUAUAUAUUUUGCGAAUAUAUAAGCAAUGGUUACAAAUCUAUUACAGUUCCUGAGCUGCCAUAAGAUAACUUUAUUCUGUCAUAGCAAAUAAGAAAGACAAAAGUUAGUGCAUCCAUCAAAAAAAAUAUUCUAAUUGUUUGUUGAGGUUCAUGCUAUUGAGGAAAUGCGUCAUCGAAUUUUGCUUGGGAAGUUGCCAUAAUUAUGAUUACGGUAUAUAUAUAUUUACAUGUAUCAACUUUGGAUGUUAUUGUAAUGUCAAAACGUCAUUCUCUUGUAAUUCAAAUAGACAAACUUUCAGACAAUUUUGCCUUUAUCGAUUGCGAAGUUUGGUUAUAAUCUAACCUUUAAAAAAGAUUUACUUACUCCAUGAAAUUGCCUUUCAAUCAUGUGAAAACUUUGAACUACAUGAAAUACUUGGAUGAAAUAGUGAAUGUUUCAUCUCUUAGUUGAAGUAGUUUUAAAUUCACCGUUUUUCACUGAUUCGUUUCAACAGUGUCCUUAUGUAAUUAAUGAACUAGUCACCCAUCUAUGAUUGCAGAUGGUUUUCAAUUUUUGUACCUGUUUUCAAAGAUGAAUUGUAUGUAUGGUAUAAACCAGUACACACGAGGAUAAUAAUUUUUUUUACAAUAUUUACAUGAUACCGAAUUGUCCAAAAUAUUUAUUCAUUGGGAAAAGUCCAAGUCAAUACAUAGCUUGAUUAUUUGUCUUUUUAUUGUGCCAUAGUUACCAGCAGCGUUUAUUCAUCGAUUGAACAUGUUUUAUUUUUCAAUAAUUUAAGUUGUUACACCAUUGGUUUUACCUUUUUUAUUAAAAUUUCAUGCAUAAAAUAGGUGCUUGCUAUCAUUGCAUGUUUUCUGUAGUCAGCAGUAAGUCUUAAAAUGUUUCUAUUUAUUGUUUAAACGUGUGUUAAAUCCAUAUUUGUGUCAGAAUUCAGAUUUCAUUACUUGGUAUUCAAUCGGAAAUAAAAGAUUCAAAUUUUGUGAAGGCAGCCUUGAUGAUUUUAAACAACCUGUUACAGCAAUGAAAACCCGUUUGUAAACUAGAAGUCCAGCAUUUGCUUUCUUUUUUUUUUACUAUCACGAUUUUUAUUUGAAUAUUGACAAAUUCGGUUUGUGUAAGUAAAUUUAUGUGUUUGUAAUCUAUAUUUUUCAAUUAUAUGGCCAGCCAAGUAUAAAACCUAAGUUUUGAUUUGUUCACCAAAACGUUCUAUUAUUUGCAGUGAAUUCUUUGUAUGCCUUGCACUUUCAACCACUUGCGAAAGGGACUUUUCUCUGAUGUUGAUAUUUGUUUUUCAUUUUAGUCAUUAAAUUAUGGUUAUUUUAAAUAAAA